AUCCGAUAAUUAAGGCUUCAGAUCAGAAGUGGGAUCACCGCGAUUUAGGAAAAUCGUGAUUUUCGGCAGAAAAAGAUUUUCACUCGAAUUUUGCAAUUUUCCGGAACGUGCUCAGCCGCCAUAGUGGGACUACGCCACCAUGUCAUCUUUUGACGAAACUGAUGCAACCACCGUUGGACGGCGAACCGUUCGACGUACGAAGAAAAAGACUCCCUGGCUCACUGCUACCGUUACGGCAACAACGAAUUAUGUGCCACAAUUAGUUAAUGUGAAAGAGGAGAACAUUUCCGACAGUGGACGUCAACCGAUUCCUUCCAACGUCAGAGUAUUCGACUACAGAGAUAUGGAAACGGAUUCCGAUACCAGUGACGCUUUUGCCAGCAUUUCUUCACGUGCAACCGCCGCCUCGGGCGCAAAUGAGAAACGUAAUGUCCGUUCGCGUCACCCGAUUCAUGAAACUUUCCUUCACCCGCUGGAGGUCGAACGAUUGAUACCACCAUUCAAUGGCAAAGACGGAAGUAGCACCGGCUGGAUCAACAAAAUCGAAGGAUACGCAAUUGUGUAUGGAUGGUCAGCUCGAUCUUGUUUACAUUAUGCACAUUCAAGAUUGACAGGAACAGCAAGAAAGUGGUUUGAUGCACAAGAGGAAGCGACACUUUCAUGGGAACGCUUCAAGACGUCAAUUUGCCGAGCAUUCCCUAGCCGUUUGAAUGAAGCCGAUGUACACUUUCAAAUGGCGAAACGCAUACGAAUGAAAGGCGAAGACGAAGAAAGCUAUGUAUACGACAUGUAGCGCAUUGCGAAAGAAGGUCGCCUAUCAGAGGAAGCUGUCAUUUCUUACGUCAUUCGAAACAUCGACGAUGACAAACUACAAGAGCACCUGAUGUCAAAAGAACUGUAUACAGUGGACGGGCUCAUCGCUUGUUUACAACGUUAUCUUCGCUUGAGAGCUGUUGUCAAUACACGGUAUAAUGUCCAACGGAAGGAUGUCGUCAAGACAUCAUCAUUGAAGA